AUGGAGAAUUUUCUACAAAGUAAAAAGAUGUGGAACCUCGUAGAAGAAGGAAUCCCAACACCGACAAUUGGAACUUCAUCAACAAGUGAAGCGCAGAGAAAGAGUGUGGAAGAGGCCAAGCUUAAAGAUCUGAAGGUCAAAAAUUAUAUGUUUCAAGCUAUUGACAGAGAAAUUCUUGAAACGAUUCUUGACAAGGGAACUUCAAAGGCAAUAUGGAGGUCCAUGCAACAGAAGUAUCAAGGAUCCAUAAAGGUGAAAAGAGCACAACUUCAAGCAUUGAGAAGAGAAUUCGAGCUAUUGACCAUGAAAGAAGGCGAGAAGGUCGAUAGCUUCUUGGGACGGACUCUCAAUGUGGUAAACAAGAUGAAAUCAAAUGGUGAAAUAAUGGAGCAAAGUAUGGUGGUGAGCAAGAUACUCAGAUCUUUGACCUCUAAAUUCAAUUAUGUUGUGUGCUCAAUAGAGGAAUCAAAUGAUUUGAGUAUCUUGAGUAUUGAUGAACUGCAUGGCAACCUCCUUGUUCAUGAGCAAAGAAUGCAGGGAUUUCAGAUAGAAGAACAUGUAUUGAAAAUAACCAAUGAUGAUAGAUCAAUCAGAGGCAGAGGAGGUAGAGGUGUAUUCAGAGGAGGACGUGGCAGAGGAAGAGGAAGAAUAUCUCUAAACAAAGCAAUUGUCGAGUGCUUUAAAUAUCACAAGUUGGGUCACUUUCAGCAUGAGUGCCCUGACUGGGAGAAGAAGGCCAAUUAUACGGAGCUAGAGGAAGAAGAAGAACUCUUAUUAAUGGCGUAUGAAGAGAUGUGUCAACCCACACAAGAAGAAGCUUGGUUCUUAGACUCCGGCUGCAGCAAUCAUAUGACGGGAAACAAAAAAUAG